AUGGCUAGCGCUAAACUAGGGACACUGCUCAUCAGAACUUUAGCCAAGCCCAUCAGCAACACCAUAAAGACUCAGGCCAAGCAACACGAAAAGUUCCGAGGGCUAUGCGUUGCGCUCGCACAGAGAAUGCACCGAGGGGAGGUCAGGCUGCGCACCAGCCUCCUCGGCGAGCCCGCGAAGAACAUUCGGCCGCUCUCGGAAACCAAGGCCAUCGAGAACGGCGCGAACGCGUUGGCCGAGGGCUUCCUGUUCGGCGUCGCGGCGCUGCUGAUCGUAGCGGAAACGUGGCGCUCGUCGCGGUCGAAUUCGCGCCGUCGGGAUCUGGUGGACGACUCGCUCGAGGACCUCGCGAGCAAGGUCCAGGAGCUGAACCAGAAGCUGGACGAGUACGCGAAGAGCACGGAGGAGCGGUACGAGGAGGUUAACCAGAGGAACGCUGAGCUGACGAGGAUAUUGGAGCGCGUCGUGGAAUUCGGUCUUCGCGGAGGAUGGGCCGAG